UGGUCAUCUCCUGUACUAUGUCCGCAGUCUCUGGUCAUUCCCUGUACUGUGUCCGCAGUCUCUGGUCAUCUCCUGUACUGUGUCCGCAGUCUCUGGUCAUUCCCUGUACUGUGUCCGCAGUCUCUGGUCAUCUCCUGUACUGUGUCCGCAGUCUCUGGUCAUCCCCUGUACUAUGUCCGCAGUCUCUGGUCAUCUCCUGUACUGUGUCCGCAGUGUCUGGUCAUCUCCUGUACUGUGUCCGCAGUCUCUGGUCAUCUCCUGUACUAUGUCCGCAGUCUCUGGUCAUUCCCUGUACUGUGUCCGCAGUCUCUGGUCAUCUCCUGUACUGUGUCCGCAGUCUCUGGUCAUCCCCUGUACUAUGUCCGCAGUCUCUGGUCAUCUCCUGUACUGUGUCCGCAGUCUCUGGUCAUCUCCUGUACUGUGUCCGCAGUUCUCUGGUCAUCUCCUGUACUGUGUCCGCAGUCUCUGGUCAUCUCCUGUACUGUGUCCGCAGU